CGAAAAUGACUUUAUUCAACAAAUCAUAAAGAUAUUGGAACAUUAUAUUUUAUUUUUGGAAUUUGAGCAGGAAUAGUAGGAACUUCUUUAAGUUUAUUAAUUCGAGCAGAAUUAGGUAAUCCUGGAUCUUUAAUUGGAGAUGAUCAAAUUUACAAUACUAUUGUCACAGCUCAUGCUUUUAUUAUAAUUUUUUUUAUAGUUAUACCAAUUAUAAUUGGUGGAUUUGGUAAUUGACUUGUACCUUUAAUAUUAGGAGCCCCUGAUAUAGCUUUCCCUCGAAUAAAUAAUAUAAGUUUUUGAUUACUCCCCCCUUCCCUAACUUUACUUAUUUCAAGAAGAAUUGUAGAAAAUGGAGCAGGAACAGGAUGAACAGUUUAUCCCCCACUUUCAUCUAAUAUUGCACAUGGAGGAAGAUCAGUAGAUUUAGCUAUUUUUUCUUUACAUUUAGCUGGAAUUUCAUCUAUUUUAGGAGCAAUUAAUUUUAUUACUACUAUUAUUAAUAUAAAAUUAAAUAAUUUAUCUUUUGAUCAAAUACCAUUAUUUAUUUGAGCUGUAGGAAUUACUGCAUUUUUACUAUUAUUAUCACUACCAGUUUUAGCAGGUGCUAUUACUAUACUUUUAACAGAUCGAAACCUUAAUACAUCUUUUUUUGAUCCUGCUGGAGGAGGUGAUCCUAUUUUAUAUCAACAUUUAUUUUGAUUUUUUGGACAUCCAGAAGUAUAUAUUUUAAUUUUACCAGGAUUUGGUAUAAUUUCUCACAUUAUUUCUCAAGAAAGAGGAAAAAAAGAAACAUUUGGUUGUUUAGGGAUAAUUUAUGCUAUACUAGCUAUUGGAUUAUUAGGAUUUAUUGUAUGAGCUCAUCAUAUAUUUACAGUUGGUAUAGAUAUUGAUACUCGAGCUUAUUUUACAUCAGCUACUAUAAUUAUUGCAGUACCAACAGGAAUUAAAAUUUUUAGUUGAUUAGCUACUUUUCAUGGAACUCAAAUUAACUAUUCCCCAUCUAUUUUAUGAAGUUUAGGAUUUGUAUUUUUAUUUACUGUUGGAGGAUUAACAGGAGUAAUCUUAUCUAACUCUUCUAUUGAUAUUACAUUACAUGAUACAUAUUAUGUAGUAGCCCAUUUUCAUUAUGUAUUAUCUAUGGGAGCAGUAUUUGCUAUUUUAGGGGGAUUUAUUCAUUGAUAUCCUUUAUUCACUGGAUUAUCUUUAAAUCCUUAUUUAUUAAAAAUUCAAUUCAUCACAAUAUUUAUUGGAGUAAAUUUAACCUUUUUCCCUCAACAUUUUUUAGGGUUAGCAGGAAUACCUCGACGAUACUCUGAUUACCCAGAUUCUUAUAUUUCUUGAAAUAUUAUUUCAUCUUUAGGAUCUUAUAUUUCUUUAGUAGCCAUUAUAAUAAUAUUAAUUAUUAUUUGAGAAUCUUUAAUUAAUCAACGAAUUGCUUUAUUUACAUUAAAUUUACCCUCAUCAAUUGAAUGAUACCAAAACUUACCUCCAGCAGAACAUUCAUAUAAUGAACUACCUAUUUUAAGUAACU